CAUUUUAGUAUUGGUGGCCACUUGGGUAGCUUAUUCGCAGUUCAUAUUCCAUACUCAAUAGAUGGGUAGAGGGCGUGCCCCCUGUUGUGACAAGGCAGGAUUGAAGAAGGGUCCAUGGACUCCUGCAGAGGACUUGAGACUCAUUGCCUUCAUUCAGAAGAAUGGACAUGCCAAUUGGCGUGCUCUCCCUAGAUUAGCAGGAUUGCUGCGUUGUGGGAAGAGUUGCAGAUUGAGAUGGAUUAAUUACCUUCGACCAGACAUCAAGAGGGGGAAUUUUACCAAGGAAGAAGAGGACACUAUAAUUAAGCUACAUGAACUUCUUGGAAACAAGUGGUCAAAAAUUGCCUCUCAGUUGCCUGGAAGAACUGACAAUGAGAUUAAGAAUGUGUGGAAUACACACUUAAAGAAGAGACUUGCUUUGGAAGGACAAAACCCUUCUGGAAAUGAUGAACACAAGGAAACAGUGCCUGUCACUAACUCCUCAUCUUCCUCCAUUUCCUCUAUAUCUUACUCUAAUCAAGUUAUAGGUAUGAAGAGUGAUUCAAAUGUUCAUAAUUUAUCUCUGUCUGAGAGCCCAAUUGAGGUAUUGGAGAAGAAGAAUGGUUCCUCAGUUGAUGAAGAAGACCCAAUCCAAUGGAAUGACUUCCCUGAUGUGUUUGAUGAUGAGCCACCGAAGGAACUGCGAAGCUCGCCUUCAUCAUCAUCUUGUAGUUCAUCUAUUUUAGACCCAACAUCUAUUUUAGACCCAAACCAAGUUGAUGGGUUUGGAUUAGAAGAACAAACAUGUUUACAAGAUGUGAACAAGCAAGAUAUCUCAGAACGGAUACUUGAAAUACCAUAUGAAGCCAACCUAGACUUAUGGGACAUGUUAGAAGAUGAUACCAGUUUUUCUACAUCCAGUGUGGUCCCAAUGUAUGAGAAUGAAGUUCAUCAACACUCAAAUACAGAGGAAAGAAACUUAGAACCAAAGGAUUUAGAAAGUAGAUUAUCAACUACAUUGGGUGUCUCUUUCAAGGAUGACUUGACCAGGGUACUUGCUCAUAAGUCAGCUUGGAAACCCAUGGUUGAUAAUUUUCAGUGGAAAAUUGUGGAGGGUAAAAUAUAA